CAUAUUUAGCUUUCCCACCCCCACCCACCCCCCCUUUUUAACCAGAAUUCCUCUCUCUCUCUAUCUCUCUUUCAUCAGUCAUCACCAUCAUCAUAUUAUUCAUACCGUCCUUUUGUUUCGGUUACAGAUUUCAGUUAGGAGAGAGAAUAUAGCAGAGUGCGCACUCAUCUCAGCGGAAGAUUCAAAAGAGAGAAAAAUUAAGAGUGACAAAUGGCAACUUUAACAUGGCGGAAAGCUUACGGUGCCAUUAAAGACCACACCAAAGUUGGUCUCGCACAAAUCAACAGUGAUUACAAGGAUUUGGAUGUUGCGAUUGUAAAGGCGACGAAUCAUGUAGAGUGUCCACCAAAAGAGAGGCAUCUAAGAAAGAUUUUACUCGCUACAUCUGCGGUUCGGCCUCGUGCUGAUGUUGCUUAUUGCCUUCAUGCCCUUGCUCGCCGAUUAGAGAAAACCCGUAAUUGGACGGUGGCACUGAAGACAUUAAUAGUUGUCCAUAGAUUAUUGAGGGAGGGUGAUCCAACUUUCAGGGAAGAACUUCUUAAUUUCUCACAACGUGGGCGUGUACUGCAGCUCUCCAAUUUCAAGGAUGAUUCGAGCCCGAUUGCUUGGGACUGCUCUGCUUGGGUUCGUACUUAUGCACUGUUCUUGGAGGAAAGACUUCAGUGUUACAGAGUUUUAAAAUAUGAUAUUGAAGCUGAGCGUUUACCAAAACCUGCCCAGGGGCAGGAGAAGGGUUACAGUAGAACCAGGGAUUUGGACUCAGAGGAACUUUUGGAGCAGCUGCCAGCCUUACAACAGUUUCUAUAUCGUCUAAUCGGAUGUCGGCCAGAAGGCGCAGCACUUGGAAAUUAUGUGAUACAGUAUGCACUUGCUUUGGUUCUUAAGGAGAGUUUUAAAAUUUAUUGUGCCAUUAAUGAUGGAAUUAUUAAUCUAGUCGAUAAGUUUUUUGAAAUGCCAAGACAUGAAGCCGUUAUAGCCCUUGAAAUAUAUAGAAGAGCUGGCCAGCAGGCUGCAAGUCUCUCUGAAUUUUAUGAAGUUUGUAAAGGAUUGGAACUUGCACGGAACUUCCAGUUUCCUAUUUUGAGAGAGCCACCCCAAUCUUUUCUUGCAACCAUGGAUGAAUAUAUCAGAGAGGCACCUAAGAUGGUAAAUAUGCCAGCACAACAGCUGGAAUUUCCCGAGAGGCUUUUACUUACAUACAAACCUGAGGAAAAUUCUAUUUCUGAUGAUGAUAAAUCAACUGUUGAAGAGCCUCAACCAGUGGCGUCAGAUGAUUUAUCUUCCAGUGCUGAAGCUGCUCCUGCUGUUGCUUCUGUUCCUCCUCCUGCUAUGAAUAUAGACUCCGGAGAUUUGCUGGGAUUGAAUGAUGCAACACCUGUUGCAUCAGCCAUUGAGGAAAGCAACGCGUUGGCUUUGGCCAUAGUGCCGUCAGAAGAUUCUGCUUCAACUUCAAAUUAUGGCACUGCUUCAGCUAAAGAAUUUGAUCCCAAUGGUUGGGAACUUGCUUUGGUCACAACUCCGAGUAAUGACAUUUCUUCUCACACUGAGAGGCAACUGGCUGGUGGAUUGGAUUCACUCAUACUGAAUAGUUUGUACGAUGAAGCGGCCUAUAGAGCUAACCAGCAGCCAGUUUAUGGAGCACCAGCCCACAAUCCAUUUGAAGUACAAGAUCCAUUUGGAAUGUCCAAUAACUUUGCUCCUUCUGCUGCAGUUCAGAUGAAUUCUAUGACUCAGCAACCACCAGCCAAUCCUUUUGGUGCUUAUCAGGCUCCUUUUCAUGCCCAGUCACAGCCACCUGUGGGGGUUGGGGCACCAAAUCCUUUUACUGACAUGGGUUUUGGACCAUAUUCUGUUACUCCUGCUAACCAUCCACAACAUGCUGCUAAUCCUUUUGGGAAUACAGGACUUCUGUGACGUUUGCAAUGCAAUUUGGUUUGGCUGCAUUCGGUUUUGGUAAGCCUGAGGCCACAAAAGCGAUGUUAAUAUGUCUUAGAUUUUAGGUAUGCGGUGUCAAUGUAAUGAAGGCUCCUACACUGGAUGUUCCUAUAGUGUUUGUAAACUACUAUGAAAAAGCAUUCAUUAAUCUAGUUACUAUGAAUAAUAUUUUAUAUUCUUUCCUAUUUGAAAGGAAGUUAUGAGGAUUGUAUAUUUGAUUAGA